GUGACCUUCCUGUGUGGAAUCCCGGGAAUACAGAGGACGGGGACAUCUCUCUGGUGGGUUCCCAUGACUGGAUCCAUCUGUCCUUGUGUCCUUCUAAAUACUCCCACUCCUCCAUGGAGAAAUAGACAGUGACACCCUGACACCUUAUAGGAACCUGACACACACACAAUGAUACAGUCACCAUCCAGACACAUCCCUUGUCUGUUACUGGAGAAUGUCCCAGAAUUCCCGGCACCGCUCACCUCUCCUGUCAGCAGCUCAGUGAUCUCUCUGGUGACUUCUAGAAUCUUCUUCUUC